CUAUUUUAGAUGCACAGGCGGCAAUCUACAAAAUUUACGUUGUUGUGCUGCAAAUGGCUAACGCGAAAAAUAACGCAACUGAGCUUCAGAAAAACAUCUCUGACGAUGGGAAAAAGACUGGAAAUACCAGUGGCAAUAAUGGAGUACGGAAAAAGGUCAAACCCGGCGUUACUAUCGUGAAGUCUCGGUACAUGCAAACACCUGCGAAGAAACCUCAGGCACAGCCCCAACCUAAGCCUGCAACUCCGAAGAAAGUACACCAUAACGCCACAUUUCAGGAGACAUCGGUGUGUGCUGAUGGUGUGUUGCAGUCCACAGUUCUUUCUGGCCAUGCCAAUGCUCUGCGGCCAGACAUUGACAUGUCACUCAUUGCAACAACCCCAUCCUCCCCUUUGCCGCGGAUCGUUGAACCGGGAGAACCAAAGCAGUUCAAGGAGAGCAAGGAACUUCUGGACCUGCAGGCAUUCUUUCUGACGUACUUAACAGCUAAGAUGGAGCAUAACACCAACAUGAAGAAGAAGGAAGCGGAGAAGCAGCUUGUCACCAUGCUGGAGAUGGAAAGAGAGCUGCAGGUGGAGGUGCAGGAGAAGAAGCGUCUGUACCACAAGAGGGAGAGGCAAAGGCAGAUCAACAGCCUGCUGGAGAGCCAGAUGACCGACAUUACCCCACUGGCUGACCUCUCCUCCCAGUUUGCCCAGAACUACCAGUCUCUGGCCACCGCCGUGGACGCCACCUUGCACACGCUUCCAGUCAAGAAUCUCCACAUGGACGAGGACCCAGAGCAGUUCCUAGAUAAGGUUUUGUCAUCUCUUGAGAGAAGUGAAGAACUCCUACAGCAGCACACUACAGCCUCGGAGCAGGAAAGUGAGGCUGUGUGUGAGAAUCUGCGCAGAAUAAAGAGGUUUGGACGAGAUCUGAACCAACAACUGGUCAGAGGUGGCUCGGACCUAAAGGACCUCUCCUGCCUGGUGAGCCAGCUGACUGCUGAGGGCCUUCUAGGGAAGGAGAACCUGAUUCAACCAUAACCAUCCCCAUCCUAUUCCUCUAUUAUAUAAUAGUAACAUUUAUCUCCAACUCGCUUCUCUACUAUAGACCUGCCAGUGGAUAACCUGACAUGGAAGCCUUAACCAUCAUGUGUUUGUGUUUGUGUGUGUGUGUGUGUGUGUGCGUGUGGGCGCGUGUUCUCUCAAUUCAUGUGAAGUAUGUCUUUUAACCUGUUUGAAAAUUCUUUAAUUCUUAAUAAAGUAUUUGGUAGACGAUC